GGAGACGAUGCUCAACAUUCCACCCCAGAGUCUUGGCCUUUAGGAGGCAGGAACAGCAGGCCCAGCCAGCCCAGAGGACUCUCUGUCCACAGUGUAAAUAAGGACACCACUGGCCCAUGUCCCGCAGGGAUGUAGAGGGCAGCCUCAGAGGCACUGGGCGCUCUCGGCACCAUGGAUGACGCUGCCAUCCUCAAGCGACGAGGCUACAUCCUGGGGAUACAUUUGGGAGAGGGCUCGUACGCAAAAGUCAAGUCUGCUUACUCUGAGCGCCUGAAGUUCAACGUGGCGGUCAAGAUCAUCGACCGCAAGAAAGUCCCCACGGACUUCUUGGAGAAAUUCCUUCCCCGGGAAAUUGAGAUUCAGGCCACGCUAAACCACCGCUCCAUUAUCAGGACCUACGAGAUCUUUGAGACCUCUGAUGGCCGCAUCUACAUCAUCAUGGAGCUAGGGGUCCAGGGCGACCUCCUCGGGUUCAUCAGAACCCGGGGAGCCCUGCACGAGGAUGAUGCUCGCAAGAAGUUCCACCAGCUCUCCUCAGCCAUCAAGUACUGCCAUGACUUGGACAUUGUCCACCGAGAUCUCAAGUGUGAGAACAUCCUCCUCGACAAGGACUUCAACAUCAAGCUCUCUGACUUUGGCUUCUCCAAGCGCUGCCCGAGGGAUGACAGUGGCCGACUGAUGCUAAGCAAGACUUUCUGCGGGUCAGCAGCUUACGCAGCACCCGAGGUGCUGCAGGGCAUCCCCUACCAGCCCAAGGUGUGUGACAUCUGGAGUCUGGGUGUGAUCCUCUACAUCAUGGUCUGUGGCUCCAUGCCCUACGAUGACUCCAACAUCAAGAAGAUGCUGCGCAUCCAGAAGGAGCACCGCAUCAACUUCCCCCGCUCUAAGAACCUGACGGGCGAGUGCAAAGACCUCAUCUACCACCUGCUACAGCCGGACAUCAACCGGCGGCUGCACAUCGAGGAGAUCCUCAGCCACUGCUGGGUGCAGCCCAAGGCACAGGGCCUGUCCUCUGGAGUCAUCAACGAGGAGGGGGAGAGCUCCCGGGGUGCUGAGCCCUCGUGGACCCCUGAUACUCCUGAUACCCCAGCCACCAAGCUGGAGCUCCAGGAGGAAGCACGGUCUGAGACACGGCCUGAGAUACAGUCCGAGUCAAAACCUGAUGAGACGAUGCAAAUGCGGGUGUCAAGGCAGUCAGAUCCCACAGGCCUUAAUGGCGAGCUGCAAAGCAGGGAAACAGAGGAGGGAGUUCCCUCACGGCCUCCAGAGACACACACCUAGCGAGCCUCUCUCGGCCCAGGGGACUGGCAGGGAAUGAUGCAGAGCUCAUGGCUUUGAGCCUGAGCUCCAAAGAAGCCAAGGGACAAGCCAAAGAAGGAAAACUGUCCUGGAUGAGCCACUAUUUUCAUCAGUUCCUUCUCCUUUCCUUUGAACUUGGUAACCCACAUGGCUAAAAAAGCAAUAAAUAUUAGUGCAGACUCCAAA